GGUAAAAUGUUCCAUAUUGACUUUGGCUUCAUUCUUGGCCGAGACCCAAAGAUUAUGGCACCGCCAAUGAAAUUAAACAGGCAGAUGGUAGAAGCCAUGGGAGGAUAUGACUCAGAACACUUUCAGAGAUUUAAGGUGUUCACAUACACAGCUUUCCUGGCUCUUCGUAGGUAAGUUGGCGACAGAGUUUUCUUCUGUACUUAUGGAUCAAAUUUUACAUUCUUUGUGGACAGCUGUGUAUUUGUGUUGGUUUGUGCAUGGUUCUCUGUCAUCCCAACUUAUUUUUUUAGUUAUCAUCAAUAGCAUGUAUCAUAUCAAAAUAACAAUCAAAAUUGUUUGCCUGUCAAAGUAUGGGUUCUUGCAUCACACGCUGGAAGUUUACAAUUCAUGUCUAGAUUGAGUCCACUAAGCUUUACAUCUCAAGAACCAAAAUUAGAUGAUUAUGUCUAUUGCUAUAGCACUUUAUUUAAUUAGAUAAUGACAGCUAUUGAUAAAUUUCUUUACUUAAUUAGAUAGUUAUGUGGAUUGAAUAAUGAUUGGUAAAGUUCUUUACUUAAGUUACAUAAAAUGGUUACUGUUUGUUUCUUCAGAUCAGCUAAUCUGUUCCUAAACUUGUUUUCUUUGAUGGUUGAUACAAACAUUCCAGAUAUUGCCCUUGAGCCUGAUAAAACUGUCAAAAAAGUGAGUACAAAGCAAUAGUGGAUUAUUUUCACAUUUAUUUAACUCUUUCGCUGCGGAAUUUUUUAAUUGAAAAAAUUUACUUUUUUUUUUCGAAGAGCGAAAAAGAUUAAGAGGUUGGGUUUAUUAAAAAAUAUUUACAAUAUUAUUCUUUGGUUUAUAAGAAUAAACAUGGUAUCAAGAAAGAUAAUUAAAAGGACUAUAUUUUUGCACAUUUAUUUCUUCAGUUUAAAUAAAAUAAGUUACCGGUACAGAAAAGAACAAUAAAAUGUGAAAACAUUUUAUGCUAAACCAUUUUUUCCCCAAACUCUUUGAUGUACACAUACCUCAUCUUCACUCUAUAACUCAAAUACUCUAAAACUACUACUAUCGGAAUCAUGUUGACCAUCAAAAGAAAUAGUAUAAAAUUAUUUGAAAGCUUUUUGAGCUGUUAAUCGUCUAAGAAACUUAUUCACCUACUACUACUAGGGCCUAGAGUAACCAUAUCAACAGUAGAAAAAAAAAGCAAAGAAAAUCAUUAAAAUAAUGCUUUAAAUGACAACAAAUAAACCUUGGUUUCGCUUAUAAACAAUGAAAUACCACUCUUCUAUGUAAAAAUCUUAUUUAAAAAUAGCUCUUAAAAAGUUUAACUGAGAAAUAGCAAAGACACAGACAUGAUAUUGAAAUGACGCACAGCGUGUUGGUCCGUGCUUUUAUGAACGAGGGAAGAACGUAAUGUGCGUUGUUCCGCAUCGAAAGAGUUAAAGAGCACCAUCUUAACUAAUUUAGUGCUUGGUUUAAAAUAUUUUCUUGCCUACUUGUACUAACAGGUUCAGGAAAAGUUUAUGUUACAUUUAAAUGACGAGCAGGCAGUUCAGCACAUUCAGGGUCUGAUUGAUGACAGUGUCAAUGCCUUCAUGCCUACACUAAUGGAGUACGGUCACAAGGUGGCUCAGGUGUGUACACAUGACAUGGUUAGCUUACCAAUGAAAAAGCAGUGAAGUAUGUUGUUUGGAUAAGCGUUUUUAUGUAACAGGACACCACUGGCAGCACCAAAAGGCUAUUUAGAAUUGUGUUUAAUCGCCAAUUUGGGGAAUUAUGUUAGGAAUUAAUUUUUGUGUUUUUAAAUUAAUUUUAUUUUGAAACUAAAUAUACUGGUAGUAUAUAAAUAUAAAUGUUUAACUCUCGGCACCCAGCUAAAAAUUAAUUCAUAAUUGCCAUUGAACAAAUACUAAACUUUUUCUUCUUUAGGCACUGAGGAAAUGAUCACAUGUGAUUCUGUUGGCCAAGGGAUGGAUAAUCUGUUUCAGGAUUAUAUAGAGUUGGAACUCCAGUGUCCUCCUGUUUCAAACUGGAAUCAUUAUCUGUGCAAUGAAAAGAUACACAUUUUUUAAGGCCAUAUAUUUUAAUACUAACAAGCAUUGGGAAAAGUUGUAUUGUGUUUUCUGGUGGCUGAAAUAAAUAUUAUGUUAUAAAUUAGAAACAUCUUUAAAACAUGCUUUGUUAGGGAAUAGGGUGACUUCUUGGGUAUGGCUAUGUAAUUUAAUUUAUUUUUUGUAUUUUUAAAGAAUGUGUGUACAAGAAUUUAAAAAAUACUUCUGAGAUUAUAAUGGAUACUUUUUAUUUAUUACGUCAAGUUUUGUCCAUCACACUUGUCAAUGUAAGCCAUGAGACUGAUUUAAUUUACUGUAGCAAAUAUAUUUUUUUAAAUAGUAGUGGUCUAGAAAUAUGCCAUUAACUAAGAAGACUUGAAAGCAUUAAUUCAUGAAAAAACAGAUAUAUAAUUAUAUGUAUUUAAUUUCUAACCUCCCUUCCCCCCCUCUUACACACCAAAAAAUAUAUUCAAUGUAAUUAAAUAACAUGACACUUCACUGUGAUUUGAAGAAAUAAUUUCUUAAAUAUAUCAUUGUUGGAAAGCUCGCAAGUAUGUAUGGCAAAAUUUUAUGGAAGGCUUUGAAAAUACAAAUGUGAACAAGGCGUAUAAUAUAUAAUGAAGAAAUCAGUAUAUGAGAGCGUUAAAUGAAUCCAAUUGAAGUUGAAGACCCUAGUGCUAAAAGUACUUAAGUAACAUUUUUGUCAAAGUCAAUCUAAACUGUGAACUUUUCUUAUCUGGUUUAGCCGAGUGUUGGCCCACUGCAUAAAUUUGAACAUAUUAAAAUGUACCCAAGUCCAUUAUUUAAACAAGGCAAGAAAAUAAGAAUUAUAAAAUUUUAUAUAGACAAAAAGAAUGUUUGAACAAGAUUAUCUCAAAAUAGUAAUUUUGAUUGUAUUGUGUUUAAAAUGAAUUGGCUGAG